UAUAGGGUGUGGCUUGAAAACAGGUUUAUUUUCACUUUUAAACUCAGUCUGAAGUAGUUUCAUAAGCAGGUAUUUCUAUCAUUGCUCUAGACCAGCUUUAAGAUACGAUCAUGCCACUUAAAGAAUCCUAUGUCAUUUGGAACAAUAAGGGUGGAGUGGGAAAAUCUACUCUUACUUUUCAUAUUGCCUCACACUAUUCAAGACGCAACCCUACCGAGAAAGUGCUAGUGAUCGAUCUUUGUCCACAAGCAAAUGUGUCGAUGGCAUUGCUGACUUCAAAAAGAAUACCAGGAAGCGAGCAUCUUUCUACCUUGUACAACGCAAACAAAACGAUCAGUUUCUAUCUUCAGAGGUCAAUUGAACCUGGUCCCGUGAUAAAGGGAAGAGAAUAUCUUACUGCUGUUCACGAUUUCAACGAUCAGAUGCCGUCUAAUCUCUUCCUCCUCUGUGGCGACAUGUAUCUAGAGUUGGUUGGUCGUCACCUUGAGCAUGAGCGAAGUGGGCUCGUAUUACCCAGGAAUAAUCCAUGGGUUAACACCACGUCCUCGAUCAAGAGUUUUAUUGAGGGCAAGGAAGGACGAGUGACUGGAGUGACCGAAAUCAACGACGACGCCGAAGUCAACGAGGACUGGGUUGUGUUUGUCGACACAAACCCUGCCUUCUCUGUAUACACAGAGAUUGCCCUCGCUGCAGCAAAAAAGCUGAUCAUCCCUAUCAACGCUGAUGAUUUCUCCGUCGCAGCCGUGCGGGCAAUGUUGGAUUUAGUUUAUGGCAUUCGUCAAAGAAAUGAUGAGCCAGAAGAUUUUCAAGCGUACAGAGAGUACAUGUUCAGCAGCAAAGCAGCCACGUAUGGUCUCAGACGGCCGCAGAUACAUUUGCUGGUGAACAAUCGUACAACCCACUUGACGACGCAGACCCAAGCCGAGACUCGUGCCGUGAAAGGUUUCCGUGCAAUGGGUCAGAAGAACCUUCAAGUUCUCUUUGAAGCUUACAGGGAACACCAAGAAAAUUUCUCGCCCAGAGAUGAGAUGCCGGAGAUCAACACCAUUGACAAAUUCCAACAGUUCUAUUUUGAAGAUAUUCGAGAUUUCCACACGACAGCAAUACUCUGUCUUCACACAGGUUGCCCCCUUGGAGCUUUGAGCGGAACGGUAGAUUUCGCAGAUACUGGAGCUUCGGUAAAAGUUGAUCAACAAAAGAAGAAAACCUACUUGGAGUGUCUCGAGAGACUUGUUGGAAAGCUAUAACUUUGCAUUUUCAUGCAUUCUGUAAACACGUUGUAUUAGCUUAUGGUAGUCUAAAAAGUGACAUAAUCGUUGGACACGUAUCGCCAUGGUUGGCAAAUGAGUGCCAAGCUAGUGUACUGUUCACGACUCACUGGUUGUUAAUGUUUGAUUUUAUAAUACUACAUUUAAAUUGAUUGACAAUUUAGCUCAAUCGAGCAGAAAGAGAAGUUAAGGAUAUGGCUUUAUGGGCGGAAUUAUACGCGUAUAGUCUCUGAUAGACUACUUACGCUUUCUUGCCAAUGUUUCAAGAGUUUUUAGUAGAUUUCGAGUAAAAUGAAAUUAUGAUAGCUGUGUACCUUUGUUUGGUCUGUUCUGAUCGCUGAUAUAAGUCCUGUUUUCAAAAACGUGCAAUCAUUAUUCCCAAUUAACAAGAGCUAAUCAAUCAUAUCCCAAAGUUAACGCUAGUGCUGAAGAUAAGUCGCAAGGAAAAUAAGUUCAUGUGGAUUUGAUAAUGUCUGUGAUUAAUCACUACCUUAAUGAAAGCCUAUAUACAUUCUCAAUAAUGAAACUUAAGUUCUAUAUUCUUCUAUUCCAAAGUCGUCCCCUUUGUUCGAUUCUGAAUGUUUGCUAAUACAGUUAUUUUGUAACUUCACACUC